ACGUUGUUCCCUCUACCUUCUUUCAACAAUGAGGAGAGAGGGGGGGCGGCAACGAAACAGUUGACUUCCUCCCUGAAAUCAGCUCGAACGACAAGAAAAGAACGGGACGCUCCUGCUUUGUGAGAAAGUGUGGGAGGAGGUGGUAGUGGUGGAAUGGUCGAGGGGGGCAGGGAGGGUGAGCCCCGCAGGAGUCCUCGGUCAGGACACACAUGCACUCUCUCACUCUCUUUCACACUCUGGCGUAGCAGAGCAGACUCGCUUGCUCGGGCAGUUUACGGCUAACAUCCUGCAUGAGGGGGAAAAGGCAGCCGAAAAAGCUCAACCGGAACUCCUACUUGUUGCUUUGGUCGGGAUUUCUUCUCUGGGAUGAGACUCUGAGAGUCGCCUCCAGAGAGGUCCGGGCGCCGACGCAGCAUGCCCGGCAGCCCGACGGACAAAAACCCGCCCACCAUGGAGGCCGCGUCGGCCGCCGCAGCCGCCGCGCCAUUCAGAGUCACCGUGAGUACUGGCUUCUUGAGUCGGCGGCUGAAGGGCUCCAUCAAGCGCACCAAGAGUCAACCCAAACUGGACCGCAACUCCAGCUUCAGGCAUAUUCUGCCAGGCUUCCGCAACGUGGACAAUGACAGAUCUCAUCUGAUGCCAAGGCUGAAGGAGUCUCGCUCCCAUGAGUCACUGCUCAGUCCCAGCAGCGCUGUGGAAGCUCUGGACUUAAGCAUGGAGGACGAGAUCAUCAUCAAACCCGUGCACAGCAGCAUCCUCGGCCAGGACUACUGCUUCGAGGUGACGACCUCCUCGGGGAGCAAGUGCUUUUCCUGCCGUUCGUCAGCCGAGAGGGACAAAUGGAUGGAGAACCUGAGGAGAGCCGUGCAGCCAAACAAGGACAACAGCCGGCGGGUGGAGAACAUGCUGCGACUGUGGCUCAUCGAGGCCAAGGACCUCCCCGCCAAGAAGAAAUACUUCUGCGAGUUGUGCCUGGACGACGCGCUGUACGCCCGCACCACCUGCAAGCUCAAGACGGACAACGUCUUCUGGGGCGAGCACUUUGAGUUCAACAACCUGCCGGCGGUGCGCAACAUCACGGCGCACCUUUACAAGGACACGGACAAGAAGAAAAAGAAGGACAAGAACAACUACGUGGGAUUGGUCAGCAUUCCCGUGGCCACGGUGAGCGGGCGGCAGUUUGUGGAGAAGUGGUACCCGGUCAGUACGCCCAACCCCGCCAAAGGCAAGGCGUCGGGACCCAUGAUCCGAAUCAAGGCGCGCUACCAGAGCAUGAACAUCCUCCCCAUGGAGAUGUACAAGGAGUUCGCCGAGUACACCACCAACAACUACAUGCUGCUUUGCUCCGUGCUCGAGCCCGGCAUCAGCGUCAAGAACAAGGAAGAGAUGGCUUGCGCGCUGGUUCAUAUUCUGCAGAGCACCGGCAAAGCCAAAGACUUCCUGACAGACCUGAUGAUGUCGGAAGUGGACCGCUGCGGGGAGAACGAGCACCUGAUCUUCCGCGAGAACACGCUGGCCACCAAAGCCAUCGAGGAGUACCUCAAACUGGUGGGCCAGAAGUACCUGCAGGAUGCUCUUGGCGAGUUCAUAAAGGCUCUUUACGAGUCUGACGAAAACUGCGAGGUGGACCCGUCCAAGUGCUCGUCGGGGGACCUCCAGGAGCACCAGAGCAACCUGAAGAUGUGCUGCGAGCUGGCCUUCUGCAAGAUCAUCAACUCGUACUGCGUGUUCCCGCGAGAGCUGAAAGAGGUGUUCGCGUCGUGGCGGCAGGAUUGCGGCAACCGCGGCCGGCCGGACAUCAGCGAGCGGCUGAUCAGCGCCUCGCUCUUCCUGCGCUUCCUGUGCCCGGCCAUCAUGUCGCCGUCGCUUUUCAACCUGAUGCAGGAAUACCCCGACGACCGCACGGCGCGCACCCUCACGCUCAUUGCCAAGGUCACGCAGAACCUGGCCAAUUUUGCCAAGUUCGGGAACAAGGAGGAGUACAUGUCCUUCAUGAAUCAGUUCCUUGAGCAUGAGUGGAGCAACAUGCAGCGCUUCCUGCUGGAGAUCUCCAACCCGGAGACCAUCUCCAACACGGCGGGCUUCGAGGGCUACAUCGACCUGGGCCGCGAGCUCUCCACGCUGCACUCCCUCCUCUCCGAGGUGGUCUCCCAGAUGGACCAGAGCGCCACCUCCAAGCUUGGACCUCUGCCGAGGAUAUUGCGGGAGGUGAGCGUGGCGCUGAGCAACCCGUCCAGCGUCCACGCACCGCCCGCCGGGUCGCCGGAACAGACGAGCUCGUCGCCCGGCGAGGCCGGCUGCAGCAUCUCCACGGGGCUGCAGAAGAUGGUCAUCGAAAACGACCUCACGGGAUUGGUCGACUUCACGCGGCUGCCCUCCCCCACCCCUGAAAACAAGGACCUAUUUUUCGUGACGAGAAGCUCGGGGAUCCAGCCUUCCCCGGCACGCAGCUCCAGUUAUUCGGAAACCAACGAACCAGAUUUGGGCAUGCCCAACAGCAGCAAGAGUCUGUCCAUGGUGGACCUGCAAGACCCCCGCAGUCUGGAAGGCGGUCCAAGUUCCGGCCCCUCGGACGCUUUAGCUGAAGUUCCGGUUUCAGCGGGAGGCUGGGCCGCCAGGGUGCCGCAGUGCAACGUCCCCGGAGGUCCCAACAUGAGGCGGCCCGGCCAGACCCCGACCACCCCGAGCACGGAAAGCGCUCCGGGCCGACCCGCCCAGCUACUCGCCCCGCUGUCCUUCCAGAAUCCGGUCUACCAGAUGGCCACCUGCCUUCCGGUGUCCCCUCGGGGUCUUACCGACUCGGGCUCCGAGUGCCACAGCUCGGUCAGCUCCCACAGCAACAAUGAGGACGGCCCGCCCGGCGGGAAACUCCCCUUCCUGAAUCACGGCGGCGGGAGCAGCGGCGACGAAUACGCCAGACGCUCGGGCGAGUUCACGCGCCGACAGCUGUCCCUUACGGAGGCUCAACACCAGCCCGCCGUCCCCCGGCAGAACAGCGCCGGGCCCCAGCGACGGAUCGACCAGCCACCGCCGCCCCAGAGCGUGACGCGGGGCCGCACGCCGCCCAGUCUGCUCAACAGCGGCCCCUACGCCCGGCCCAGCUCGGGCGGCGGCAUCAUGACCUCGUCGCCGGACUGGCCCAUGGGCGGCGGCGGCGCCCGUCUGCGCCAACAGUCGUCCUCGACCAAGGGGGACAGUCCUGAGACCAAGCAGAGGGCGCAUCACAAACAGGCCCCCUCCCCCGUGAACCCCAGUGCGCUGGACCGCACGGCAGCGUGGCUUUUGAAUAUGAAUGUGCAGUAUUUAGACCAUGAGACCACGGAGCACGACUCACUGAGGCACAGAGAGGAUCUGACGCAGGUGCAGAAGUACCAGCAGGAGAUCGCGCUGCUGCAGGAGAAGCUCCGGGCCUCCGUGCAGAAGCUGGAGGAGUACGAGGCCCGUCUCAAGGGUCAGGACGAACAGGCCCAGAAAGUCCUGAUGGAGUACCAAGCCCGGCUGGAGGAGUCCGAGGAGCGUCUGCGCCGGCAGCAGGACGACAAGGACCUUCAGAUGAAGGGCAUCAUCAGCAGGUUAAUGUCGGUGGAGGAGGAGCUGAAGAAAGAUCACUCGGACAUGCAGGCGGUGGUGGACUCCAAACAGAAGAUCAUUGACGCACAGGAGAAGCGCAUCGCAUCUCUGGACGCGGCCAACACUCGUCUGAUGAGCGCCCUGACGCAACUGAAGGAGCGCUACAGCACGCAGUCGCGCAACGGCAUCUCGCCCACCAACCCCACCAAGCUGCAGAUCACCGAGAACGGUGAGUUCCGCAACAGCAGCAACUGUUAGACGCCAAAACAAACUAAAAGCGGGACCUACGAGAGAAACGUUUUCUUCACGCCGACGGGAAGGGACGAUCCGGACCCCGCACGAGGCCGACUUGGAAGGGUCAAGGUUCGCCGGAUGGUCGCAGCUUGUACAUACCCGUCUGAAUGCGUACGUACAAAAAGACAAUUUGAAGACCGGGGGGACGAACCACUACGUCUUUUUUUUUUUUUUUUUGACGACUACUUAACACUCCAGUCGCUUGGCUAGCGUGUUAGCUUCAAGUUUUUAAAGAACCGACCGGGAGCUAAAAAUGACCUCUCAGCCACACGGACUGAACUGGCAGUGCACUUUGUGAAAGCUUGGUACAUGCAACGCCUUAAAGCUAAGGAUGGCAACUUUAUUCCACAGCUCCCGAUUUCUGCAAAAACUUUAAAGAAUUGAGGAGGAGAAAAAAAAAAGGCACAAUUAUAUUCUGUGGAUUUGUAAAGGAUAGAGCUUGUACAAACGUAUGUGUAAGAUGUAAGUAAAUGAGAUUUAUGUGAUACUAUAUUGAUGCAAUUUAAUAUAGAUGUAUGCAUUUCUUUUUUUGGGGGCUUCUAGACUACACACACACACACACACACACACGUGCGGGCGGCUAUAUUUGAUAAUGUCAAAGGUAAAGAGCAGACUUGUAUUUAGGAGUUUUAUUUUUAUGCGUCCAAAAAUAUGACUGACGAGAGCGCGCAGAUUUUCUUGCAGCAGCUGGAUGUUGCGAUGACGGACGGAUGUGCUAUACACUGGACUGACUGGCCAGGCCACCAAGGAACGGACCGUUUCUUACCCGUCUGAUAUUUUCCGGUGCAAAAAUGUGAUUGGUUAAGGCAGAGUCUUUUACUUAGCGCUUUGGUGAAUAUGGCCUGAUUACCCUUAAAACCAUACCACUAAACCUCCAAACCAUACUGUAAACUUUUAGCUCCUGUAGAACCCAACGUAAAGCCUCAUACCCAGAUUUAUCCUUGACAUGAGUAGAAAAUCAAAAAUGUGAAGUGGUUUUGUUGAAUUUUCUUUCCGGGCUUGACCUGAAACAUGUUUCCAACCAAUUGAGUGAAAUUGGAUAAUUGACCGCAGCGUGAAAGUGUAAAAACAAAAAAAACGUUGAUAUUAAUUUUGACAGUAAUUUUUUAUUUUUUUUUUAACCUCGCGCUCAAUCUCUGCUGUAUGGUCAUCCUGGGUGUUGUAAAUACAAACUAGCACCGCGAGCAGUGUGCUGCUAUCGCUAGCCAAAACAAGACGGGCCCUUUUUUGUGUGUGUAAGUGGGGGGCCGGGGGGGGGUCACAUUCUUGAGAUUGAGAUUGGCGAGCACAAUCGUGGCUUUCUCAUGGCUCAGAGGUCUAUGCACUUUUACGUUAAGUGGCUAAUGUAAGCUUUGUUUUUUAUGUGUUAACUCAAGAAAAGGGAGCGCUAGGACUGUGGUUGUUAUUUGUAAAACAUCAAAAUUACCGCGCUAAGAGACUAUGCAGCUUUUUACACCACCUUGUUUUUUUUAAACAUCAGUUGAGCAUUAUGAGAUUUCGCUAAAACUUUAAGAUCCUCGUUCAAGACCAUUUCUUUUUAUUCAAGUGACUUUUUUCUCUUUUAUUUUCUCUUUUUCUACUUAGACAACAUGACUGUAAUGCCCAAGUAGGGGAAAUAUUUUUGAAACUCCUAAAAAAAUUACUUUUUUAAAUAUUUUUGGUGCCAGAGCUUAAUAGGCGAAUAUAAGACAUAUUACUAUGAAAUAGAUAUUUUCAAACCACCUAAUUCCACUUGCUCUCCUCAGGACUUUUUUUUACCACCUUAGAUUUUUUUAUUUGCCUAAUAUAUCAAAAAUAUUUAGGAAUGAGUGAUCAACAACUAUUGCAUUAUCUAUUUUAUUCUUAUUAAGUGUAGAUAUGGCUACCAUUCAAAUCUUUUUCUUUUUUUAAAUGCACAUCCUGGCAUUUUGGUGUGCCAAACAUUUACAUUUUUAGCUUGGUGGCCAAAAAGUUGCACAGUCUCUCAUUCAAAUAAUAAUUAAAAAAAUAAGAGUCCAAAAGUCGCAAUGCUGUCUUAGAUGCUGCUUUCAUAGA